GUAUUUUUGCUUCCAUGCAUGGAUUUCUCCUCCAACUAGAGAGAGAAACGCAAAGAGAAAGGGUCAUGGUUUUGCUUUGAUUCUUCUCUUAUAGCCUUGUUCAUCGCCAUCAUUAGUGACCCAUUAUCAUCUUCUUUCUAAAGUUUUGAUCUGGAAAUUGCCCCCCUUCAAUUUCUUUUCUUUUCUUUUCUUGUUUUAGCUUUCAAGGAAGGUGUUUGUUCUUGUGUGUGUGAGAAAAUUGGAUGGGCCUCUUUUUGGUGGGUCUGAUCUUGUACUUUACAAAAACUGUCACAUCGUUUCAACACUUUAUGAGUCUCUUCAUCAAUCAAUAGUGACCUAGAAAAUAAACUUUGUGAUCUGUUUUCUGUGUUUCUUGAUCUGGAUUUGAUUUCUGCUGCUUCUGUCUCUGCUUAGUUUUACUAUAAUUUUGGGUAUUCUUUCAAUCAUGAAAAUGCUGCAUUUUUCAAGGGUUUAGUUAAGGUAUGAGUUGCUGAUCUUGCUUUCUUUACUGGGUUUUUUUUUUUUUUUUUUGUUUUCUGCUAUUAGAUCAAUCAUGGAACCAAAUCAAAAGAAAAAAUUGUUCAUUUGUAAGUUCUGCAACAAGAGGUAUCCUUGUGGCAAGUCCUUGGGUGGUCAUAUUAGGAUCCAUUUGAAUAGGAAUGGGAAUUCAACUGACGUUGAAGAAGAUGAUGUCAAGCUCAAGCUCAACACAAGCAAGUCUAUUGCUGCUAAUGGAAGCAACAGCAAGAGAGACUCUGAGCUUGAAGCUGGUGCCCAAUCUGGUUAUGUCCUUAGAGAAAAUCCCAAGAAAACUAGAAGGUUUAUGGUGGAUUCAAGCAACAAAAGAUUUCUGCAAGAAAAGGUGUGCAAGGAAUGUGGUAAAGGUUUUCAAUCAUUGAAAGCUCUUUGUGGUCACAUGGCUUGUCACUCCAAGAACAGCCUUGAAGAUCACUCGGAGACUACUGAGAAGCUGAAAGAUCAGCUCAUUGAUAGCCAAUCUGAUACUGACACAUCGACUCCAAGUAAGCAAAGGAGAUGCAUAAAGAUGAGAUAUAAUACUACUGGAGUUUACUCUUCUUCAAUGGCAAGUGGUUCUUUGUCUUCUGCUUCUGAUAUAGAGCAAGAACAGGAAGAGGUAGCUAUGUGUUUGAUGAUGUUGUCUAAGGAUUCUGGUUUUAAAGGUUGUUUUAGUUCAAUUGCUGAUUCCUCAGAUAACAAUUCUGUGAUUUUAGAGACUAAAUCAUCACCACCCAAAAUGAAAAUUAUUGUAAAGAAUGGUAAUGGGAUUAUGGAGAUGAAGAAAGCAAAGCAACAGGAAAUGAUGCCUGUUGAAAAUGAUCACUCUGAAAAUUCUGAUUAUGGGUAUUUCAGAAAUGGGCUCAAAAGGUUUGAGUCUGAUAUUUCUGUUCAUGGGAAUAAUGAAAUCAAGAAGCAUAAAAUGGAUUAUGGGUCUAGAUUUGAAGAGGGCUUUGAUCCUGAAUUGGGCAAAAGAUUAAGCAGGUUUAGGCGUAUAAAAAUGGAAUCAAGUAAAGCUCUGGUAGAUGAAGACAGAUAUGAUGAAGCUGAUAGAGUUUCAAUGAAGUAUGAUUCAAGAAACAAAAGCAAGAAUGAUUCUUACAAUCCUGAAUUACUCAGAAGCAAUGCUUCAAAGACAGCAAGUAACAAGAUGAUCAACACUUGCAGUAAAAAAAACCCAAUUGAGAAGAAUUUGUCUGGAAAUUCAGAGAAAAAAUUGGGAUUUAGAAAAGGGAAAGUACAUGAAUGCCCAUUUUGCUUUAAAGUUUUCAGAUCAGGUCAAGCAUUAGGUGGUCACAAAAGGUCACAUUUCAUUGGAGGAGCUGAAGAUAGAACUGUGGUGAUUAAUCAAGAGGUGCCUGAAAUAUCAAUGGCUGGACUUAUUGAUCUCAAUCUUCCAGCUCCAAUUGAAGAAGCUGCAAAUGGGUAUUACAUUCCAACAUGGUAAAUUCUUGAGUUUCUUCAAUUGGGUAAAUUUAACUUCAAUUUGGAUGAAGAUUCCAUAGAUGUGUACAGGCAGGUUGGUGAAUGUUUUUAGCCGUUUUGCUUCAGGUUCAAGGAUGUCUUACAGAGGUAACAAUUCCAUAUGUUGCUUAAGAAAUGUAAGAAUCAUUAACUUGUUCUUUUAUUAUUGGUCACUGAGUUGCUUAGACUCAUAGGCCCUUUUGCUCUUGGUAAGCAUAGAUAUAAUAUUAUAUUGAAUUCUCAAGUUUCUAUCCUCAAUGUUAACCCGAGAAGUUUCCUUUUCAA